AUGGAUCCAGCAGCUAUUCUAAACGCUAUCGAUCAGGUAGCAGAAGCUAUUCAACAAACUGUCACAGACGUCAAAGCGAAUCAAAAUCAAUGCAAGCGAUUAGGAGAUAGAAUCGAUGCUAUUGUGUUGGCCCUGAAAUCAAUGAAUAAUCAAGAUCUGCAAAAAUCAGAACUUCGAAAAUCUCUGAAUAACUAUCAUACUUGCAUUGAACAAUGCCUUGACUUUAUUACUCAGUUUAAAGACCAAACAUCAUGGUUUUUUAAGAUCUUCGAAAACCAAAAUUACAAAGAGCAAUUCGAAGAAUUGAAUCUUCAACUUGCUCGAUGUGUCACUGAUCUCAAUUUGGGUAUUAAUUUGAAACAGAUUUUUGAUUCUAAACUGGAUGAGAAUGACCAAAAAAUGGAUCUAAAUAUCAUUCAAAGCAAACUUGAUGAAAUCGCAUCGCUUAUGGUACAAAGACAAAAUGAACAAUUUCAUCACUAUAAAGGCAUCGAACAAAAUAUUAGUCAGCGACUUAAUUCAUUUAAGCAUCAUCUCCAGCAGAAUAUAAUAAGAAAAAGUGACGUUUCCAGAGAACAGAAAAUCGCCGAGGAAGAACAUGCCUUUCUCCAUAUUCCAUAUUACGAUUUGAUACAAGAAAAAAUUAUUGGACAAGGAGGAUUUGCUGAUGUAUAUCAUGGAAGAUGGCUUUCUCAAGAUCACGAAGUCGCCAUAAAAAUGAUUCGAAUUCAUUAUUUGGAUGAAAAAGUUAAAGGAGACCUUAUCAAAGAAAUUUCAAUGAUGUAUCGAAUUCGCUACGAUCAUAUUCUCAGUAUAUUUGGCGCUUGCAUGGAACCCGAAAAAUAUGCACUUAUCGUCGAACACAUGUCUCUUGGUUCUCUUCAUGAUGUUCUCAAAAAACAAACAUUACAACUAACAUGGCCUGAUCGAUGGUCAAUUGCUGGCCAAAUGACCAAAGGCAUCAAUUAUUUGCAUAAACUUCCGAAACCAAUUAUCCAUCGUGACAUCAAGUCAUUGAACAUUCUUCUGACAGAGAACGGCAAAGGCUUUCUUGUCAAAGUCGCCGACUUCGGUUUAGCCAAAACGCGUUAUGAAACGUCGCGUCAAUCGUCUCACAAUCCUUCUAUUGGUACCUUACCAUGGAAAGCACCCGAGUUACUGAAUAUGGGAAAACAUACAGAAGCUAGUGAUGUGUAUGCCCUUGGUGUUGUGCUCUGGGAAUUAGGUACAGGAUGUAGGCCAUACGAAGAGGCCGAUGAUUCAACGAUUAGUGCAUUCGUUCUACGAGGAGCUCGCCUGGAUAUUCCUGCAAAUAUUCCGAGUUCAUUUGCGGAACUGGUUUCGAGAGCCUGGGCGCAUGAGCCUCAAAAGAGGCCAACAUGUCAACAGCUGCUCAGUUUAAUGAAAGAAGUCGUUUUCGAACACGAUAUAACUAAAAAGCCACAGGUAAGAAAUCACACUCUUUGA